UUUUCCUCACUUAUUUAUACCCUACCAUUUGACACAUGUUUGUGCAACAUUUCAUUUCUCAUCAUCAUGGAGCUUCUGAUCUCCUUCAUUCUCCUCUUCACCUUUGUCUCCAUACUCAUUGCAUUGUUCUUCACUCAUAGUCUUUCAAAUCCCCACAAGCCCCUCAAAAACCUGCCACCUGGACCAUGGAAGCUGCCUCUUCUUGGCAACAUUCACCAAUUUGUUGGGCCACUUCCCCAUCAAACUCUCAGAAACUUGGCUAACCAAUUUGGACCCUUGAUGCACCUCCAACUUGGUCAAACUUCACACAUAAUAGUCUCUUCACCAGAUAUUGCCAAAGAGGUUAUGAAAACUCAUGAUGCCAUCUUUGCCAACAGGCCUCAUCUUAUUGCUUCAAAAUUCUUUCUUUAUCAUACCACCGACAUAGUCUUUUCUCCCUACGGAAAAACUUGGAGACAACUUAAAAAGAUUUGCAUUUCUGAGUUGCUACAUGCAAAGCAUGUUCAAUCACUGAGAUGCAUAAGAGAAGAAGAGGUAGCUAAUCUAGUUAGAAAGCUGUGUGCCAAUGAAGGAUCGAUCGUGAACCUCACCAAGGAAAUUGAGUCGGUCAUGAAUGUAAUAAUUGUCAGAGCAUCAAAUGGCAAAAGGUGCAAAGACCAAGAAGCGUUCAUAUCAGCCAUGGAGCAAACGUUGCAGUUGUUGGGAGGCUUCUCCAUUGCUGAUUUCUACCCUUCAAUCAAAGUGCUUCCUUUUCUUACAGGAAUCAAAACUAAACUUGAAAGAGCACAGAGAGAGAAUGACAAGAUCCUAGAAACUAUGGUGAAGGAUCACAUGGAAAAAAAUACCAACAGCCAGAAGGAGAUGCAAGAGGAUUUCAUUGAUGUUCUUCUCAAAACACAAAAAAGAAAUGACUUGGAAAUUCCCCUGACUCACAACAACAUUAAAGCUGUCAUCUGGGACAUGUUUGUGGGUGGGACUGCAGCACCAGCAGCGGUUGUAGUAUGGGCAAUGUCAGAACUGAUGAAAAAUCCUGAGGUAAUGGAGAAGGCACAGAGUGAGGUGAGAAAGGUGUUCAACGAGAAAGGUUAUGUGGAUGAAGAAGAAGUUGGAAAGUGUGAAUACUUAAAUUCAGUGAUGAAAGAAACAAUGAGGCUGCAUCCACCAGAGGCAUUGUUAGUUCCAAGAGAAAACAGUGAGGCUUGUGUGAUCAAAGGGUAUGAAAUCCCUGCAAAGAGUAAGGUGAUUAUCAAUGCUUGGGCCAUUGGGAGAGACCCGAUGUAUUGGAAUGAAGCAGAGAGAUUUGUGGCUGAGAGAUUUAUUGAAAGUUGUUAUGAUUUCAGUGGCACAAACUUUGAAUACAUCCCUUUUGGGGCUGGAAGGAGAAUUUGUCCAGGAGCUGCAUUUUCUGUGCGUAACAUGUUGCUGUUAUUGGCCAAUUUGCUUUACCAUUUUGUUUGGAAGCUGCCAUAUGGAACCACACACCAAGAAUUCGACAUGUCCGAGUCCUUUGGCCUUACUGUUAGAAGAGCAAAUGAUCUUUGCUUAAUUCCCAUGUCUUAUCACCCUUCCACCAUUGCCAAUCACUAAAACUUUAAGUUCGGUCCUCUCGUAUUUUGGUAAGAAAUAUAUUUUCAGAAAUGUGUGUAAUCCAAAAUAUAAUAUUUCUAUUCUUGUUUUGUUGUUAACAAUAAAUUUUUAUU